AUGUCUCCCAAACAAAGGAAGAAAGCUCCCCGCGUGAAAAAGCAAACAUCUUCUGCCUCUGAUUCCUCUUCCGUUACGUCCCCCGUAAUAGCAACAACCAAUUACCGUGAAAUCCACCUCAACGAGGUCGAGGCCCUUCGUUCCAUUUAUGGCGAUGAUUAUGAAGAGGUCGAGAACCGCCGCUCAGCAUGGCAGCAAUCCUCCAACGUAACUUUUAAGCUCCACCUCCGAGCUUCCUCGAAUCCAGACGUGUAUCUCGUGCUUCUUGUCGAGCUGCCAGCUACAUAUCCCAAAACAGUCCCCAAUCUAUCGCUGCAGAAACUCGAUGACCUUCGCGAAAAUGCCCGUUCUCGGAUUACGAAGAUUAUUCGGGACAAACCGAGGACCCUUCUCGGCAGUGAAAUGAUCUAUGAGCUAGCCGUGUCUAUUCAAGAUGUUUUGGAAGAUGUUGCGCAAGCUCGUGAACAGGAUAAAGAUUUACCCAGCUUGGAGGAAGAGCGCAUGGAACAAAAGGCUGCCGAAAUCCACCGCGCAGAACUCGAAAAGCAAGAAGAACUGCGGAAACAAGAGGCUGCGAAUGUGGAAGAAGCGCGUGCGCUCCAAUUAAUGCUCGAGGACAGAGCUCGACAACGAAACAAAGCUCAGAUCCUGCGGCGCAAGAGUCGGACCGGUGGAGUCGAUUCGAAUGACGUUGAAGAUCUUGUGGAGAAUACCCCGGGCGCAAUCACUUUCGACCCGCCUAUCUCGGUCAACGAUACCGACGAACAACCGUUGUUGUUCCGUGCUGUACAUGGCAAGACUUUGCUGCAAUGCAAGCAGGGCAAGAAAACGUUCACCGUAAGACCCGUCGUGUCCGAGGGCAGGUGCCACGUACCUCUUCUCGUUCUCAAAGAGAUCCUUCUGAAUGAGAAAGGCUCCGACACACUCACAUUCCGAGAGCAAAUGCGAUCUAGUGAGGAUAGAUUAGAGGGUUUGAAACGACUUCGACAUCCAAAUCUGGUCGAUUUUGUGGGGUUCAAGAUCAUUCGCCCUCUCGGCCACUUUGACCCUCCCGAUAAUGCCUGGACCGUACUUGCUCUUCUGGAAUUUGCAAACAAGGGCUCACUUUCGGAGCUUCUUGAUAUUGUUGGAACCGUCGCUGCCGAAACUCUCCGAGGCUGGAUGAUACAACUCCUUGAGGCGUUGGAAUUCUAUCAUCGAAGUGGAUUCGUCCAUGGAAAUAUCCACUGUGGUCGAAUUAUGCUGUGCAGAAACACUUCUGGUGGGACCAUCGUCAAGCUUGAAGCCAGCGUUGAAGAAGCCCUACCAGAUUCUCCUAGCGGAAAGCGGUCUCUGACUACGUCCAAGUCUCCGCUGUGGUUGCCUCCAGAGUUGACCCAAGAGGGUGCCGCCCCGACCAUGAAGACUGAUGUCUGGGACCUUGGCAUCAUCCUGCUACAGAUGGCGUUUGGAAAAGAUGUCCUUUUGCGGUAUACCUCGGCAAAUCAAUUGAUGGUCUCGCUGGGACUCUCCCCUCCGCUGCAAGAUCUGCUUCGAGAAUUCUUCCGACCAGACCCCAGGAAGCGACCGACUGCCUUUCAACUACAGCCGUCGGAGUUUUUCCGAGUAGACGCGCCUUUGACGAUGCGCGAUCGGUCUUCGAAUUCAGUAUCAUUGCAACGACGGCCGCGACUCGACUCUUUUGGGGCUAUGCCAGCCUUCUCACGGUAUCAUCAAGACUUUGAUGAGGCUGGCCACUUGGGCCGCGGCGGAUUUGGACAAGUCGUCAAAGCCAGGAACAAACUGGAUGGCCGCUUCUAUGCCGUGAAGAAGAUUUCUCAGACUUCUGCAGCAGCACUGAAGGAUACACUUUCGGAAAUUAUGCUUCUAUCGCGGCUGAAUCAUCCUUACGUCGUGCGGUACUAUACUGCAUGGCUGGAAGAAGACUUCAACCACAUCGAAGAAGAAGCUAUUUCGUCUACCGAGGGUGACCCAUUCGCCAGUCAGGACCACCGUGGAUUUAGCACUGGUGGGCUGGACUUCAUCAGCUCCAGCGGGUAUCCAAAGAUCGAAUUCGCCGCUUCGGACAGUGAGGAUGAAAACGAGGGAACAAUCUCGAAUGGAGUAGGUCAUGAUACUCCCGAGACCUUUGAGACCGGCAGCGGCACCGAACACAGCGGUGAACUCAGUCACGCACAGUCUGGCUCAUACGGUCGACCUAUCCUGACUACGCUUUACAUUCAGAUGGAGUAUUGUGAGAAACAUACACUGCGUGAUUUGAUCAAAAACGGACUGUACGAUGAUAUAGACCGCUCUUGGCGCCUUUUCCGUCAAAUUCUCGAUGGCUUGAGCCACAUUCACAGCCAUGGCAUUAUUCACAGAGACUUGAAGCCCGAUAAUAUUUUCAUCGAUGUCGCUAACAAUCCCCGCAUCGGAGACUUUGGUCUUGCUACGAGCGGCCAGUUCAUGACUGCAGUACGCUCGUCCGCAGCAGCAGACUUUGAAGGAGACUUCACUCGCAGUCUGGGCACAACCUACUACGUUGCACCUGAAAUGAAGUCAGGACUACCGGGACACUACAACGAGAAAGUCGAUAUGUUCUCCCUCGGGGUGAUCUUCUUCGAGAUGUGCCACCCACUGUCUACUGGUAUGGAGCGCGAUCAAACCCUACGUGCGAUCAGAGAAAGAUAUCAUACUCUGCCAUCUACAUUCCAACAGUCCGAAAAAGUCGUCCAAGGGCAGAUCAUCGAAUCCCUGUUGAGCCAUAAUCCGGCUGAGCGUCCCACGGCUUCCGAGCUCCUUUCCAGUGGUCGAAUUCCUCUCCAAGUUGAAGAAGAGACAUUCAGACGCGCUAUUGUGCACUUGUUGUCUGAUCCAAAUUCUCCAGACUACAAGAAGAUUCUGUCUGCGAUAUUCUCACAAUCUCCGAAGAAAUUCGAGGACAUUGCCUGGGAUAUGGAAUCGCAAACAACGCCAGCAGCCAACGAGCUUCUCGUCCAGGGGCUUGUCAAGAAGCGCCUGACUUCUAUUUUCCGCAGACACGGUGCGGUAGAAUCGCCAAGACAAAUGUUGUUCCCACGAUCUCAGCACUAUUCUUCCGGCGCCGUGCGCUUGUUGGAUGCUUCGGGCAAUCUGUUGCAAUUGCCAUUUGACCUGACGGUCCCCAAUGCACGAGCGAUUCCCCGGCAGGAUCCUUCCCUGGAGAAGACAUUUGCCUUUGGAACCGUUUACCGAGAGUCUACUCACGGUAGUGAGCCUCGGACUCAUCGGGAAGUUGACUUUGAUAUCGUGUCCUACAACACCUUGGAUCUGGCAUUGAAGGAAGCAGAAGUAAUCAAAGUUUUGGAUGAGAUUAUUGACGAGUUCCCACCUCUUCGGUCUGCAACGAUGUGUUUCCUGGUCAACCAUUCCGACCUCUUACAGCUCAUCAUGGAAUUCUGCCGUAUUACUCCUUCACAAAUACCGCUUGUGAAGGACGUCAUCAGCAAGCUGAACGUCGGAAAAUGGACAAUGCAGAAGAUCCGAAGCGAGCUCCGAUCUCCGUCGAUCGGAGUCGCGUCGACUUCAUUGGAUGAUCUUGCGCGAUUCGACUUUAGAGAUUCUCCAAAAGAGACCCGUCGCAGGCUCCAAACCAUCAUGGAAGGCACCGAAUUUGCUGAGCGAAUUCCUCCUAUCUUUGCUCGCCUCAAUGUGCUUAUGACAUACUUGCAGAGCUUUGGGGUCAAGCGCAAGGUCUACAUUAACCCGCUCAGCAGUUUGCAUGACAAGUUUUAUCGAGGCAGCAUACUGUUCCAGUGCGUUUUUGAUAGCAAGAGACGUGACGUCUUCGCUGCGGGUGGCCGCUAUGAUCGUUUGAUCCAGGAAUUUGCGCCAAAGGUUCUCUCCAAUCGGCCACAGGCUCAUGCAGUCGGGUUCAAUCUCAGCUCGGACAGACUGGGCUCUUCAAUGGCCGAAUACCUGAAGUCUAGGGCACCAUCGAAGGAUGUUGAGUCUGGAUCUGAGCUGUACUGGACAACUCGAAGAUGCGACGUCCUCGUGGCAAGUUUCGACGCAACCGUCCUCCGCACAAUGGGCGUCAAAUUAGUCGAAGACCUAUGGGCCAACGGAAUCAGCGCCGAGCUUGCAGUGGAUGCUUCAUCUCUCGAAGAGUUAAUGGCCAAAUACCGAGAACACAAUCAUCGCUGGAUUGUAAUUGCCAAGCAAGAUAGCAAAGAGCGAGGCUACAAAGUGCGGAAUCUCGUCCGUAAAGAGGAAUUUGAUAUUCGCAGCUCUGAACUUGUCCCGUGGCUUCGGGCUGAGGUGUUAGCCCGCCAUCAGCGUGAGGGGACUUCUGAUCCUCGCCAGGCUCGUCAACCUGGUCAACAAGACGCGCUUUUAUCGAAUGAGAAGGCGAAUGAUGUGCGCAUUCUUGUUCCUCAACAUCGAAGCAAGAAGACGAACCGCAGGAAUAUCGUCGAGUCGGCUCUUCUACGCUCCCGCGAAGUCGCCGAAAACGCUCGCAACGGCCCCGUGGCUGCAAUCGACACCCGCGACGACGUCCUCGACUCCAUCCGCGACACCAGACUCUCCGACCCAGACAGCUGGCGCACAGUCAUCCAAAACGCGCCCUUGACCGAACGCAAAUAUCUCAGCCAAGUGUACGAAUUACUGAGCGACUUGGCCUCGGAGAAUCGCCUUGAUGAUAGCAGCGAGGGCUGCAACAAUGCGUUUAUCUACAAUUAUCGAACGGGGUCGUGUGUGUAUUAUGAUCUUGGUCCUUGUGACAGGUGA